AGCCACCCUACCAAGAUGGCGGACGCCGGAAGCAGGUCACGGGAAGGGGCGGGAUUUCGGCGCGCGCAUGCCCCAAACCGGAUUUCCGGGCGCCGGAGAAGAAGUUCUUCCUUUAACAAGAUGGCGGUGGGAAGGGGUGGUGGUGGUGGCGGGCAGUGCUCGAAAAGCGAGGCCAAUUCCGGCUUCCUGGGGCUGCGGCCCACUUCGGUGGACCCGGCGCUGAGGCGGCGGCGGCGAGGCCCAAGAAAUAAGAAGCGGGGCUGGCGGCGGCUCGCUCAGGAGCCGCUGGGAUUGGAGGUCGAUCAGUUCCUGGAGGACGUGCGGCUGCAGGAGCGCACGAGCGGUGGCUUGAUAUCAGAGGCCCCCGAUGAAAAACUCUUCUUCGUGGACACUGGCUCCAAGAAUGAAGAGCCGAACAAGAAGAGGACCAAAGGUCAGAAGAGGUCGCUGCUUCUCAAGAAACCCCUUCGGAUCGACCUCAUCCUAGAGAACACGUCCAAGGUCCCUGCACCCAAAGACAUCCGCGCCCACCAGGUCCCCAACGCCAGGAAGCUCAAGCGGAAGGAGCAGCUAUGGGAGAGGCUGGCAGAGCAGGGCGAGUUGCCCCGGGAGGUGCGCAGGGCUCAGGCCCGGCUCCUCCACCCUCCUGUGGCCAAAGCCAAGCCGGGGCCACAGGACACGGUUGAGCGGCCCUUCUACGACCUUUGGGUCAAAGACAACCCUCUGGACCAGCCCUUGGAGCGCCAGGACCCUUUUUUCCUGGAGCAGACCAAGAAGAAAGGUGUGAAGCGGCCGCAGCGUCUCCACACCAAGCCCUCCAAGGCGCCUGCCGUGGAGGUGAUGCCCGCGGGAGCUUCCUACAACCCGACCUUUGAGGACCACCAGACCCUGCUCCGGGCGGCUCAUGAGGUGGAGCUGCUGCGGCAGAAGGCAGCAGAGAAGCUGGAGCGGCAGCUGGCCCCGCCGGCCUCGGAGCAGGCCGCCACCCAGGAGUCUGCCUUCCAGGAGAUGUGCCAGGGGCUGCUGGAGGAGUCGGAUGGGGAAGGGGAGCCCGGCGAGGGCCAGGACGAGGGUCCCGAGGUUGGAGGAGACCAGGCCACGGGAGCAGAGGCCUCGCCCACAGCCGUCCGCCCGGCCUCCGUGGAGAAGAAGACGGAGCAGCAGCGGCGGCGGGAGAAGGCUGCCCGGAUGCUGAGGGUGCAGCAGGCUGCGGUGCGGGCCGCCCGGCUUCGGCACCAGCAGGUCUUCAGGCUGUGCGGGAUCAAGGCGCAGGUAGCGCAGCGGCUGGCGGAGCUGGCUCGACAGCGGGAGCGGCGGCAGGCACAGCGGCUGGCAGAGACGGACAGACCCCGCCGGCUGGGGCGGCUCAAGUAUCAGGACCCCGACAUUGACGUGCAGCUCAGCUCGGAGCUGUCUGACUCACUCAGGACCCUGAAGCCUGAGGGCAACAUCCUCCGUGACCGGUUCAAGAGCUUCCAGAGAAGAAACAUGAUCGAGCCUCGGGAGCGAGCCAAGUUCAAGCGCAAGUACAAAGUGAAGCUGGUGGAGAAGCGGGCGUUCCGCGAGAUCCACACACAGGGAUGUGGGUACCAGGACCUUCGUCUCCACCAAAGGCUGGUGGGAAGCCAGGGCGUGGCAGAGGGCUUGUCCGGCAGAGGCAGGGGCAGCUGUCCCGGGAGCGAGCAGCGUCUUACAGAAAUAGGCGGAGGGGACGGGCCAGCUGCUGUUGGGUGUGGGAGAGGGGAGGGCUGCACUUGGGUUUCUGGUGGGGGGAGGUGGCCCACUGCACUGCAGUGAGGGGGGAGGCGGACCUUGACCGCAGGCACCUUGACUACAGGCAUGUCACAUUGUUUAGAGUAGUAGCUGACGUUCGCUGCCCGCCUGUCCUUUCUAUUCAAGCCCUGACAGCCAGUUUAGGAGGGCUGGAGUUACCCAUCCCCGCCCCGCCCCCCUUUUCUUAUGCCGCACCAUGUGGCAUCUGUUACCUGACCGGGGAUUGAACCUGCGCCCCCUGCAGUGGAAGCGCAGAGUCUUAACCACUGGGCCACCAGGGAAGCCCCCCGUCCCUAUCCCCUUUUUAAAGGUGAGGAAACUGAAGUCCAUGAAAGGAGGUUGAUCCUCCCCCCCCCACCCCCACUAUAAAGGACUUUUAAAAACACUUAUUCUGCAAGUAAUAAAGGACUGGUCUCACUGUAAGUCAUUGAUACGGUUCAUACACAUACCAAAGAAACGUGAACAUCACCCUUGACCUUUGCCCUCCUUUUUUUCCCCACCCCCCCUUCUAUAGAAGGGGAAACUGAGGCUCCUGAAGAAGUAAUUCCCUCAGUGUUACAGGAGGAAGGAGAGACCCAGGGCAGAGAGAAGGGAGAGAGGUGUUUGGGUUUUUGAUUUGUUUUCUAAUAUAAAUUUAUUU